AUGGGACCAACAGACUUUUCUCACCAUUUCUCAGAGAAGAACAUACCUUUCGGUAUAGCUUCUUCUGAAAUCUACAAGAGUCCUCAAGCUGUCAUCAGACUAGAGAAUACUGUGAUUUUUCUUCAUGACCUGGAGGAGAUUUUCAAGGACAUCACUGAUCUCCCUGCCGGUGUCUUUAAUCAGCCAACUUUGAAUGCUUUCGCGGCUCUUCCAAAACUCAUCCAUCAGCAUGUACGAAAGGCUAUCCAAGAAACAUACCAGAAGUCUGGCAUCGAUGGCUUCCCUUCCACUAGCCAUGAAGACAUAGGCAGUGUUACAAUGCAUCUACCAGUAGAAAUCAAAGACUUUGCAGAUUUCUCCUGUUCACUUGACCACGUCAUAAAUGCAGGCCGCAUAGUAGUCAACAACCCAAAGCCCCCUCCUGGCUUUUUCCAUUUCCCAGUCGGCUAUCAGGGUCGCUCAAGCUCCAUCGUUAUUUCAGGGACUGAUAUUGAGCGUCCUUAUGGACAGUUUCGUAACCCUGCGGCUACAGCUGGACAGGAGAAUGCAAUCAUCUAUGGCCCGUCGCAAAAAGUUGACUAUGAGGUUGAGCUUGCGGCUAUAAUUGGAAAACCAUUAGCUAUGAAGCAGAGACUAAAUGCUAAGGAUGCUGAAGAGCAUAUCUUUGGUUUUGUCAUUCUUAAUGACUGGAGUGCUCGCGAUAUUCAAGGUUUCGAGAUGAGUCCACUUGGUCCCUUCAAUGGUAAAAGCUUAGGCACUUCCAUAUCACCCUGGAUAAUCACGCUCGACGCCCUAGAGCCAUUCAGAGUCAGAUCCCCUCCCCAACAAACCCUAUCAGCCACAUACCUGCAACACCCUAACCCCUCAACCUACUCCAUCACCAUGAAAGUCGAAGUCCUCGCCAACUCAAGUGCAACAACCCUAGGCGUAUGCCCCGUGGAAGCGCUAUACUGGACUCCACAGCAGAUGGUAGCCCAUUCGGUCAGUUCUGGUAGUGCCCUGCGAACCGGCGACAUCAUGGCUACAGGCACUGUGAGCGGCCCGGAUGAAGCAAGUCGUGGCUGUAUACUUGAGACUACUGAGGGUGGUACGAAGCCGGUCACUUUGAGUGAUGGGUCAAAAAGAGGGUAUCUUGAGGAUGGGGAUGUUGUGAGGAUAACAGCUUCUGUUGGAGAGGAGUCGGGGGUGGGAUUUGGAGAAUGUAUUGGACAGUUGACGCCUGCUAGAUCUCAGUGA